AUGAGGGAGGACGACGUGUGGCAGGGCCGAAAGUGGGCUGGCAGGGGCGACAAGAUGGGGCCGAAGAGGUACGGAGCAGCCACCCAGCAGCUGUUCCGGAGGCGAGAGGAAGCCGGCCUCCCGCGGGUCCCAGAGCACUUGAAACCUCAGUGGGAGCAGAUUGUCGACGAGCUGAACGAAGAGAUGUCCGGAACGAGGACCAACGCGGAGCUGCUUGCAGCAGCGGAGUCAGAGAAGAAGGCCCUCGAGCAGGGCGAGAAAAAGGCCCUCGGACAGCCCGACGACGGCGUGGAUCGAAGGCUGCUCCGCGGUGUCGAUGAGGCUUUUCCUCAAGCUCUCCCAGAGAAGUGGGAGCUCCCUGGCUUCCGGGACCCGAAGCCACAAGAGCAGAAGUGGACGCCCGUCGUCGGUGAGGUGACGUCCCUCGAGUACAAGCGACAACAGGGCGAUCCGAAGAUCUGCAAGAAAAUAAGGUGGGUGCAGAGCAAGAGGAAGGCAGUGGCGGCGGUCAACGGCGUCUUCGGGACGGGCUCCCUGACGACCCAGCGCGUGGUGAAGGGAAGAAUGAUGUUGGAGGAAGCGCGAAGGCUGCAAAACACGCACGAACCGUUGUCGCCCAGAACCUUCGACAACCUCUGA